GUCUGCAAGCGGGACAGCAGCAACCGGGACGGAGGGCUUUUAGCCGGAUAGACGCUUCACUCUACAGUUUACCUUUCACUCAGAGCUCUCGGAGCCAAAGUCGGCCUAAUUUGAUGCUCUGUACCUUUAUUUUCACCUUCACCAGCCUGGAAUUACACUUUCUGAGGACUGCGUUGUGUUUUGAACAGUGCGUCAAGGAAGCCUGGCACUAGGACUGGAACACCUGGAGGGCAGAAAGUGGACUCUCUGCACAUUUAGGACUCUCCGCGUGUUUUCUGCUCCAUGCACUGACCGUGGGGACUCUCUUCAUGGAGCUAUGGCCACAAGUCCCCAGCUGGGGCAUUGCUCAGUGCCGCUGAGGCGUUAGCAGGCUCGGCUAAGCCUCUGCUACACCGCGUCUGGCCCUCACGCGUCCCCCCCCCCUUUGCUGUGCCUUCUUUCCAGCGGUGGAUGCUUGCCAGCGUUUGCGGACAGGUGCUGUAGGCCACGCCGGGGUUUGAAUGCCUUUGCACGGCUCUUGCUGGUUCCUGUGCUGCAGGCAAGGCUUCAGCUUGCUGGGACGCGAGCAUGGAGAGAAAGAGGAGGAGGAGGAGGAGGAAUCGUUCGAGUUGCGCAACAAGGACGCGCAGACGGGCCAACUGGAAGUGACUCUUUCUCAGCCUACGCAAUCAGCCAAUGGCACACCCAGUCUGUCAGGUGUCAGUGAGGAGAACAGCAGGCUGAUCGUGAAGAAGGCCAUGGAGGAUGACCCGGAGGUUCUGGUCAAGGGCUGGUUGCUGCGUGAGGUGUCAGGCGGUUGGCUCAGACAGAGGAGGUUCUGGUUCAUGCUGACCGCAGACUCUCUGGACUGCUACAGCGGCCCGGAGAGAGACGCCCGCAGGUUGAGCAUGCUCGUACUGACUUCACUGUGCUCUGUACUGUGGCCUGACAAACACACCUACAAACAGACAGGUUACUGGAGUCUGACAGUCUAUGGGCGGAAACACUGCUAUAAGCUCUUCACUAAACACUUUAAUGAAGCUGUGCACUGGGCAUGUGCAGUACAGAAGGUCAUCGACAGCAAAGCACCAGUGGAGACACCAACACAGCUACUAAUACGAGACAUAGAGGAGAACAAGUUUAAUCCUGAGGUUGUGGAGCACAUCUACCAGCACAACCCCAUCCUCACUUACACACAGAGUCCGCUCUACGCCCCCCUGCUGCCUUUCCCUUACGGCAGCCUGGACCACACACACAUGGCAGGUAAAGGCUACACCUCGGUGCGUGAAGAGGCGGUGAGGCUGUUUAACUGUCUGCAGCAGCUGGAGUCGGCACCGGAACCUGUUCCACUCAUACAGGGCAUCCUGCAGACCAGCCUGGACCUGCGCCCACUGCGUGACGAGCUCUACUGCCAGACCAUCAAACAGACCAGUGUCACCCACACAAAGACAACCACGCAAACAGAGCCCAACCCACAGCUCCGUUACUGGCAGCUCCUGACCUGCAUGAGCUGCACCUUUCUGCCGAGCAGCAGUGUGCUCCGAUACCUCCGCUUUCACCUGAAGAGGGUUCAGAGUGUAUGUGUGGACUCGGAAGUGGAGAGUUAUGCGUGGUUCAUCGCUCAGGCUCUGGAGAAGACACGCUGCCGUGAGUGCGUUCCGUCCUGGGAGGAGAUCCAAGGCCUGAUGAGUCGUCAAGAGAUGCUGUGUACUGUCCACUACCCUGGACCAGGCUGCUGCAGGAUAGCCAUCAGCUCCCAUACCACAGCUAAUGAGCUGGUGAGGAAGAUGGCAGAGCGGCUUGGUCUGCAGGACAGCCGUAACACUUUCGCUCUCUUCGAGCAGCGAAGGAGUUACGGCUGUCCUGCAGACCACUGGGAAAGGGUCAUAGGGGGCGGCACCAUCAUUGCUGAUGUCAUCACCAGGUUUGAAAAUCUCUCAGUGAAAGAGCCGGAUUCAGAGUGGAGAUUGUGUUUUAAAUUAUACUGCCUUCUGGACACUGACAACAUCAGCACGGACAGCAUUGAAUAUCUCUUCCUCUAUGAGCAGUGUCAUGAGAUGGUGAUCCGUGGUCAGUUACCUGCAUGUGAGGAUGACCUGUUGUCUCUGGCUGCUCUGAGGCUACAGGCCGUGCAGGGCGAUUACAGCGCUCUGGCUCCCUUUCCUGCGCUGGAGCAGGUUUUUCCAGCGCGUGUUCUGGAGGCUCGGGCCCUGCUGACCCCCGCAGAUCCCCCAGGCUGCCCUCCACCCUUCCCUGCGGGGCUGCUGGCGGGAGCGUUGUGGGGCCAUAAGAGGCGCGAGGAGCAGGACCAGCGUCUGCGGGCGCGGCUUAGAGAGGAGGCCGCCCUGGCCACCGCUGCCAUCCUGGAGCGCUGGAAGGCCCUGAGUGGGUACAGCCGCAGAGACAGCAUGGCCGCUUAUCUCACCAUCGCACGGCAGUGGUCAGGGUUCGGCUGCACGCUCUACGAGGUGGACUUCUACAUAAGCUCCACAGGUAGUUUCUCUCAGCGUUUGUGGCUGGGUGUAGCGGCGUCCUGUGUGUCUCUGUACAGGCAAGGCGAGGCUGAGGCUCUGGAGUGUCUCCCCAUCGCUCAGAUCUGCUCUUACGGCGUCUCUGACAGCAACACCUUCAGAAUCACUGCCGGCGACCGCGACCUGCUGUUUGAGACCUCCAAGCUGACUGAGAUCAUGCAGUUGAUGAAUGCUUACUUCAGUGCCACCCGACGCCAGCUGGGGAAGGAUGACUGCAUCACUAUGGAAACCACCCCCAAGCUCCGCCCCUCCCUGCUAGAACUGCCCUCUCACCCGGUGUGAAGAGAGAGACACACACGCACACACACACACACAAAGAGACAGUAAUCCUGACUGAUUGGCUGUGUGACUGUAAGAGACUCUGCGAACCAGGCAAGACAAAGAGAAUCCUGUUUAGUCCCUCCAUCCCGAAAAGAAUGGAAAAAAAACAAAAAUGAAAGAGAAAAUCGAGAGGGUGAAAAGGGGAAGGAAAUGGCUGAAUGGACAAAGUCCAAAAGAGGACGGGGUCAGGACUUUCAACCCCCAGAAUCCAGCUGGAACUCCAAAUCCCAGAAAAUUCCUCGCUCUCAGACACUGCAUAUCUGAGAGAGAGAGAGAGAGAGAGAGAGAGAGACAGAGAGAGAGAGAAUGUGUGUCUCUGUCUCUGUCUCUCUCUCUCUCUCUCUCUCUCAGCCUCCCCUGGGCUUUUGAAGGCCUUAUGUGAACUGCUAAUAGACUCAAGUGAGUCCUUUUUUCGCCUCGUGGAUGCAGAGAAGCCCCUUUCAGAGAACUUGGAGUGACUGUGUGCGUGUCGGAGAUGCAGAACGAAUGGAAUAUUCAAAGCUGUUCAACAGAAACCAAAGGAGCUCUUUAGCUAGAUGUUCUUGCUUUUUUUAUUUUGGUCAAAUGUUCAAGCCACACCAGGUGCUGCUGCUUCACCUGAGCUGUUUCUCAGCUAGACCAUCAUUCGUUAUACAGUAAAGAGGUAGUUCAAGGUGGGACGUGACAUCUACUGUAUAACGGAGAUCGAUGUUCUAUGAACGUUUUUGGAAAAUGCUGUUCAGAUUUGCUCAAGAAACCCAGUGAGAUCCAUUCAACACAGCUUCUACCUGCAUUAAAGGAACAGUUCUGGCCAAAAAUCUAAUUUACACUUUAUUUACAUCCCACAUGUAGUCAAUCGGUCAAGACACGUUUAGCCUCUGAACUUUGCUUCUUUAAUUUUUGCCUUGGAGCUACAAGGCUAAUGUAGCUAACCACGGCGAAGCGCUAGGUAAAUUCUAGCCUUCAUAACUUCAGAACGGUUUACGCUACAGACAUGAUCCACAUAUCAGACCAUUUAGCAGGCCUGACACUAACUAGCUAGCAUGAUGUCAUUGAGCUGUGAUGUCAGCAUCAAUGAGUAAGAGAUUAUUAAUCCUGAGAUUAUUGCUCUGAUUUUUGGCCUUCAUGUUCCAAAAAAGGGUUAAAACAGUGACAUGAUCCAUGCCUCAGGUCGCUCAUCAGACUCUGCCUCACCAUCCAGAGUGAUGUGAUCCACCUGUGAUGAGUUAUCAGCCAGCAAUCCAGCUCCAAAAUCACCCAAACCCCUUUCGCUACUGUUAUACUACAUCUCUGCUUUUAACCUUCAGAUUAUAAACAAAGGUUUAACAAUAGCAACAUGAUCCACACCAGAACACUUAGCAGGACCUGCCAUCACUAACCAGAGUGAGAGAAACCAGCUCUAACAUCACACAACCCAGAAAUACAGUACAAACACACAGCCAGAUCACUUUAAAACCUGCUAUUAGCUCUGCUUUAGCCUUUAAAAGUCUCCUAUUAGCACUGCACAAACUAUAUGCCCAAAUCAUCACUUGCAUCAAACUGCAUCCAGUUGUUUAGUCGUCUCAAAUAAUCUUCUCUGUGCUGUUUCUGACACUAUUGUCAACCAGAUUAAUGGUAAAGAGAAUGUUGUGUAAUUCUGAUUCUUGGCCAGCAAUUCAGAACCUCUGGACACUCAAACUACAGUCCCGAAACAGUCAUUCAGGCUUUGACCCUUAACCGUUGAAGAUGUUGGGAAUAGAUGAGAACCCAUCUGUGAUGUAGAACAGUUAAAACAAUAGUUAAGCCAGAACUCCUAUGAACACAUGAUUCCCUCUUACCCCAAAUGAUCAGCCAAGAUGUGUUUGGUGUCUAAAGGUAGCUUUUUUAGUUGUUUAUGUGAUACUUUUUUAAUCCCACAAACAGGGAACUUCCACCUCCGUGAAGUGAAACACCAAAUACACACAC